GCCAUAAUUAUGAAUUUGUGGCGACGAUUAACUAGGCUAGCCUACAUCGCUGCGGGUUCUUCUGACGUCAUCCCGGUAUAUUCCCCUCUCGCCGAAACAACAUUUCCAGAGUUAUUUGCUGCGCUAGCCACUCGCGUGAUGAUCACCAAUGAAUCGCAUUAGAUUUUACAAUGUAUUACAAACCAAGCUUGUUAACCGGAGUCUGUUUAUCCUAUCAAUUUACUCUAUCCCAUUAACCUGCUGCUUUGGCGCCGCUGCAUGGAUAACGGGACUACAGGGACUGGUAAUUUGGGGGAAAUUAUGGAAAAGACAAAGGAAUCAAUGAAGUUGGGGGGAAUAAUCAUUGUGAAUUGAUGGAUUCCCAAUGCAUUAUUAAUAACGGAUUAAUAUACAAUAAUGGAACCAAUGAAAUCUUAUUAAUCUUAUGAGAUCAUCUUUGACCAAAGACCUGAUGAAGGAACUUGUCAGGACCAGCAUGACUACAGCGGGGAUGGAUCUGCGUCUGCUGAGGGCGCACCAAACAACCACCGCAACUUUGCCAAUUCUGAGCCCCACGGAAAAUGACACUACAUGCGCGAUGCAGAUUCUCAGCCACGGGAAUGUGGAGAAGGUGCUGAUCGGAGGAGUCCUCACUGUGCUCACUGUGCUCACCAUUUGCGGGAACUUACUUGUGGUGAUAUCCGUGUGCUUUGUGAAGAAGCUGAAGCAGCCCUCCAAUUAUCUCAUCGUCUCCCUGGCGGUGGCGGACCUGUCCAUUGCGGUGGCGGUGAUGCCUUUUGUCAGCAUCACGGACCUCAUUGGGGGGCAGUGGAUCUUCGGACAGGUGUUCUGCAACGUUUUUAUUGCCAUGGACGUGAUGUGUUGCACUGCAUCCAUCAUGACACUGUGUGUAAUAAGCAUAGACAGGUACCUAGGCAUAACUAAACCCUUGACCUACCCUGUGCGACAGAGUGGGAGAUGCAUGGCCAAAAUAGUUCUGUCUGUGUGGCUGCUGUCGGCCUCCAUCACCCUGCCGCCGUUGUUCGGCUGGGCCCAGAACGUCAACGACGACAAGGUGUGUCUGAUCAGCCAGGACGUGGGCUACACCAUCUACUCCACCGCCGUCGCGUUCUACAUCCCCAUGUCGGUGAUGUUGAUGAUGUACUACAACAUCUACCGAGCGGCCAAGGUGAGUGUCGCCAAGCACACCAUCCAAGGCUUCCCCAAGGCGGAGGACGAAUGCAACAGUGUUGACUGUGCGGCCGCGGCCCUUAAGCUCCAGAAGGAGGUGGAGGAGUGCGCCAGUUUCUCUCGUCUGCUGAAGAACGACAGGAAGAACAUCUCCAUCUUCAAACGGGAGCAGAAGGCGGCUGCCACGCUGGGCAUCGUGGUGGGGGCCUUCUCCGUCUGCUGGUUGCCUUUCUUCCUGCUGUCCACGGCCAGGCCCUUCAUCUGCGGGCCGGAGUGUAGCUGCGUUCCCCUCUGGGUGGAGAGGUUCCUGCUCUGGCUGGGCUACGCCAACUCCCUCAUCAACCCAUUCAUCUACGCCUUCUUCAACAGGGACCUGAGGACCACCUACCGUAACAUCCUGCUCUGCAGGUACAGGAACAUCAACCGCAAACUCUCCGCCGCCAGCAUGCACGAGGCCCUCAAACUGGCUGAGAGACCAGAUCUGGUGAUCUAGCCACAACAGUGUUUCUUAAACUUCUCGUUUCACUCACAGAGACCGGCAAGCUAUGGUUUAGAUGAAAACUUGUAUUUGACAUUUGACUAAAUUGGGGCAGAUAACCCCCUGGACCAGUCAGCAAACACUACUCUAGACUGAGGAAUCCUAUUCAGUUCAUGAGUAGAGGAAGGCGAUAUAAAUGUAUAGAAAAUAACUAUCAUUAUUGUUCACACCUGGCACACACAAGAACAUUAGCUCCACAUUUUGUCAGGUUAUUUGGACAGACCCAAACCAAGCAUCAGAAUACAAUGUUCCCUAAAUCGAUUCUUUUCAAUGGAGUGUUCUGAUAGGCAUUCUGAAUGGGUGUUCAUCUGCAUUUUAGAGCACACUGUCUGAAAUUAAAUGUUAGAUAACACUGAAAUGCAGAGAACGUUUGUCGAUAGCAUGGCACACUCUUGUAUUUGACCACAGGACAAAUAAUAGGCAAUGGCUCUGAUAGGACAAAUGAUGGUGUCAUGUUAUUUUGUUUUACAUAUCACUGUGUAUUUGGUACUUGAAAUUGAAAAUCAUACUCAAUGCAUAAAGUUUGUGUGAGAAAUGUACUUAAAAAAAAGAAGAAGAAGAAACAUUUUAAAGUUAAACAAUAUGCGCCACAUAUGGUGAACCAUGGUUCCAGUUAUGUAUAUUGAGUAACAGGAAAAGUAAUCAUUUUAUGGUGUGUUCAAUGAACCACCUUCGAAACCAUAUGUGAAAUUGUAAUUAUUAUGUGUAGAAUGUUGACCAAACUCAGAAAGUCAUGCAACACAAUUAUGUUAGUAACAUAUUUAUAUCUGAAUAGCUUGACAGUUGGACAAAUGGACAUAUUUUGUCAAAUUUACCAUGCACUUUAGAGCAUAACUAGUUUUGAGCCUUGAGCAGGGCACUUAGCCCUAAUUGCUCCUGUAUGAGCGUCUGCUAAAUGACUAAAAUGUAAAUGUUCAUAUGAUCAGAAUUGGGAUUAACCCUUCAUUGUACAGCACAUACUGUGAAUAUAUUUUAUCAUUAUAUUAGUAUUUGAUCAGUCAUAUUAAGCUAGGCCUUUUUCAAGUAUAUUGAAAUAUUCAAUGUGCAAUAUAUAUAUAUUUCAA